AUGUGGCAUGUGGGUUCAGCUGCAAGCCUGCCGCCGAUACCCUCAAACCGCACCUUCUUUGGCGUCGUCGGUGUCGUCGGCGUCAGUGGUGUUGUCGGUGCCACUGGGUACAUCGGGCUCACUGGCGUCAUCGGUAUCGGCUGCUCCGUCUGGGUCGGGUAUCUAGCUCCGUGCUUCACCCUGUAG